CGCCUCCGUUCCCGGGAGGGGAACGGCGUCCGAGGCUACCGAGUCCCAGCUGGAGCCACGUCAGAGAGAUGCCCCAUUGGGUUUCAUGCAGAUCUGCUCUGUAACUGGGUGCUGGCUUUGUUGAGCAUCAGCAAUUUGGGGUUGGCGGCUGGACGUUGAGUUCCACAUCCUCCUAUCAAUGCACUGCCAAUGGGUUAUGUCCUGUGUUGUGACCUCAUGGUUUAAGUGGGAAUAAAGAUGAGUAUAAGCAGUGAUGAGGUCAACUUCUUGGUAUAUAGAUACUUGCAAGAGUCAGGAUUUUCUCAUUCAGCGUUUACCUUUGGUAUAGAGAGCCACAUCAGCCAGUCCAACAUAAAUGGCGCCCUCGUCCCGCCUGCGGCACUGAUAUCCAUCAUCCAGAAAGGCCUUCAGUAUGUAGAGGCGGAAGUUAGUAUCAAUGAGGAUGGCACCUUGUUUGAUGGUCGACCCAUAGAGUCUCUGUCCCUGAUAGAUGCCGUCAUGCCUGAUGUAGUACAAACCAGACAGCAAGCCUACAGAGACAAGCUCGCACAGCAGCAUGCCGCUGCCGCUGCCGCCGCCGCCGCCGCCACAAACCAGCAAGGGUCUGCAAAAAAUGGAGAGAACACAGCCAAUGGGGAGGAGAAUGGAGCACACACCAUAGCAAAUAACCACACUGACAUGAUGGAAGUGGAUGGGGAUGUUGAAAUCCCUCCUAAUAAGGCGGUUGUGUUACGGGGCCAUGAGUCUGAAGUCUUCAUCUGUGCCUGGAACCCUGUUAGUGAUCUACUGGCAUCAGGGUCUGGAGACUCCACAGCAAGAAUAUGGAAUCUUAGUGAGAAUAGCACUAGCGGCUCCACGCAGCUAGUGCUCAGACACUGCAUUCGGGAAGGUGGGCAGGAUGUUCCCAGCAACAAGGAUGUAACAUCUCUAGACUGGAAUAGUGAAGGCACACUUCUAGCAACUGGGUCAUAUGAUGGAUUUGCCAGAAUAUGGACUAAGGAUGGUAAUCUUGCUAGCACUUUAGGACAGCAUAAAGGCCCUAUAUUUGCAUUAAAAUGGAAUAAGAAAGGAAAUUUCAUCUUAAGUGCUGGAGUAGACAAGACCACAAUUAUUUGGGACGCACAUACUGGAGAAGCCAAGCAGCAGUUUCCUUUUCAUUCAGCACCAGCCCUGGAUGUCGACUGGCAGAGCAACAACACCUUCGCUUCUUGCAGUACAGAUAUGUGCAUCCAUGUCUGCAAAUUAGGACAAGACAGGCCUAUUAAAACAUUCCAGGGACAUACAAAUGAAGUAAAUGCCAUCAAGUGGGACCCAACCGGCAACCUCCUGGCCUCCUGUUCUGACGACAUGACUCUGAAGAUAUGGAGUAUGAAGCAAGAUAACUGUGUCCAUGAUUUGCAAGCACAUAACAAAGAAAUUUAUACUAUCAAAUGGAGUCCAACAGGACCAGGCACAAAUAAUCCAAAUGCCAACCUGAUGUUAGCAAGUGCAUCCUUCGAUUCUACUGUCCGGUUAUGGGAUGUGGACCGAGGCAUCUGCAUCCACACACUGACAAAGCACCAGGAGCCUGUGUACAGCGUAGCUUUCAGUCCUGAUGGCAGGUACCUGGCAAGUGGUUCAUUUGACAAAUGCGUGCACAUCUGGAACACACAGACAGGUGCUCUAGUUCAUAGCUACCGGGGAACAGGUGGAAUUUUUGAAGUCUGCUGGAAUGCAGCCGGAGACAAAGUUGGAGCCAGUGCAUCGGAUGGCUCCGUGUGUGUACUAGACCUUCGGAAAUAGCGCUACUAGUUGGAAGCCAUGGACCGACUAUGAAUGUGUACAUAGCCAAAAUGACUGUCCCUGACCUACGAACUGCUCUAGUCCCACUUGAACCAUGGCCAGUCCACUACAGCCACACCCAAGAGAAAUAUGUACAUGCAGUGUAUGUAAACAAAACCGUACCUGAAGAUGACAGAGCUUCACCACAGCUUGUGAAUUCUGCUCACCAAGUGCUGGAAUCUAAUCUGCUGUGCCCCUAAGAUAGCAUUUAGAAGACUUCAUAUGAAAAACAGAAGAGAAAGAAAUAUGCGUUCUGAAAGUCGACCAUAUGCGUACCAGGUUUUGGAUGCGAAUGGCAGCCUUGCUUCUCCCUUUGAACCGGCAGACUCACGGAUCAUAUUCUCUUCCCUUCAGUAGAGAGCAGUCUGUAUGGACAGAGAAAAUGGACUUAGAGAAACCUGCAGCAGUAGUUUGCUCUUGCUUUUAACUUUUGUUUUUGGUUUAGAUUAUGGAUGCAUGAAGUAAGGGAGUGAAUCAGUUUCUUGCUUAUAUUUUUUUUUCUCCGUUUAGACAACAUGAAAAUUCUUAAAAAUAUUUUAAUGAAUUCUUUUGAAGAGGUAGACGUUUGGUACAUUUGAUGGCUCCCAGAGCUUUUAUUCAGUUGGUGCACAUUGCAGAAGGGGGUUGGGGGUGAAGGGAGAGCACGUGGCCCUGGCCAUGUCCGUCUGUAAGACACGUGCACGGAAGGGGAUUAUGCUUCUUGUUUUCUAGCUUUUAUUUUUCCCUCCUCUCUGUUUUCUUGUUUCUUUUUCCCCCCUUUGGUGAUGUGGCUUAAAUAUAAUAGUUUCUUUUGGGGGACAUUAUUUCUGCCAAUUAAAGACUUAGAAGGGCACAAAAAUGGUUUUUUUUUUUAAUACCAUAGAGAAGAUACAUACAGAAUCUUCUGAUGUUUUGUAGCCAUAACUAAAUUAUGGUUAAAAUGUGCACUAUUGUGAAAAGGAGCAAAAUAGUUUGGGGCUUUCUUUUUUUUUGGUCAUUGUUUGUUUGUCUGUCUGUUGUUUUGCUUUGUUUUUUAAGAGAUUAAAAUGUUUCUGGAUAAGGAUUAGCUUCUCAAAGUGUCCAUCAUUCUGUACAGAAGCUUAAAUAAUGUAAUGUAGCCAGACCCCAGUAUUAAAAAUCUGUCAUGUUAUUUUUCUUUAUAGAAAGCAAGAUAACGGCAUAUAACACUGCCAUCACAUAGCAGAAUGUUUGCUACCUUAGUUUAAAAACAAUCUUUAAAAGACUUGCUUCAAGGUGUUUUUGAAUAGCAGGGAUUCAGAAUUUGGGGAAAGAAGUGCAUCUGCAUUACCCCCCCCCCCCAACUGGUCCUCAUCUAUGGCGCUGUGACUACACGUUUUCCAAUACAUGUAGACUUGAGCUGCUGUUUCCCCCCAGUCAUCACUACUGUACCAUGUCUUUUACUGUUUCUGUAAAGUGUUUUCUUAAAGAUACAGGUAUCAGACCAAAUCCCUCUUGUGCUCAUGCAGCUAAGUAAAUGCCAGAGAGAGAUGUUAGUAGGAGGCCAUGAUUGCUACUUAGCAGGGUUUGUUGUGGUUAACAUAAACAUCUAGGAGUGUCAAUUUCAAAGAGAAAAGUUAUCUUUAAAUUUUUAAUUAAGAAAUGGUUUAUUUAGCUUAGCAAAUUUACAAUGCUACUGCUGUCACUAAUUAUUUUGUGGCCUAAAUCUACUAAAAUUUUAACCUGUGUUCUGUUUAAGUAGAAACAGAUUUAACCCAGGUGAUGCCACUUUGUGCUUGGUGUUUGGCCUUGUUUGAAGCAAGUCUUGUUUCACUAAGGUAGAAUAGCAUUUGCUUUUCGUAAAGAGAGUAAAUACACUUAAUUUCGCUACACAUUGUUAUACCUACCCCCAGUUAUUUUUAGUGGGGACUAUGAUACUGUAAUAAUAUUUUUUAAAAUUUACAUCCAGAGAGGCAGUCACUUAUGAUAUGAUGGUUUUGUGCCAGCUGUUCUUAGGGUUUGAUCACAGUAGAGAGAUCGAGAACAUACCACCUGUGACUUCUGUAGAAAACUCAGUAUCUGAGUGUCUGGCACUUGAAAUUCUGCUUUUAUUGCUGGAGGUCCACAUCUGUUGACCUCUGUUGUUGUUUAAAAAAAUAAAAAUAAAAAAAUCUGUGCAAUAAUUUUUAAAUGUGCUCCCAGGAAUAGACACAAAUGUUCUGAGUGUGUGGAAGCUGCGUUUCCCUUUAGCAAUGCAUUUGUCAAUUGCACUGAAUUUAAAUCUGAAAGUCAGAGGUGAUUACUGAUAAUACUUUUGUAUUUUGAUAUGGACAGUUUAUUCAUUUGCAUACAAUGAUCGACAUUUUCCCAGCUGAUUUAAAACAUAGUCAAGAAUUUCUGCAAUAUAGCUGCCAGAAUAGACAGCUACAUUUUUCAGAUAUUGUCAUGUUUUCUGUUUUGUUUUGUUUCUCUCAUUUCUUUAGCUAUUUACUCAAGCGUACUAGCCACAGUAGGGCAUAUAAAAGAUAUCAGUGCAGGGCUUUAUGCUCCUGAAGUCUUGGGUCUUUAAGUACAAACUUCUCUGAAAGGUUUCCACUUAGUAGGCGGGGUUCUUCCCGAGUGUGCCCACGUUCAUUUUUGCUGCUGUUCUUGAGUCCACCAAUGCCGGCUGAUGUGCCACCAUGCUGCCCGGGAGACAGACAGCGCUCACCACACUGCUCGGAUCACGCACCUCUCUGAUCUGGGCAGGGACAUGACUUCAGGGGACCUCGUUCACAGAACGUAGUUCCACAUAGGAAUUCUUUCUUUUCCUCUUGUUUUCAUGAGGUCUCAUUCCUCCUCCAAGAUCAAUGGAAUCAACUGGUUUUUCUGUGGUAUUAAUUACAGAUGCUACUGUGAGAAACAUAAUCAUAAGGAAAAAUAAGAAAGCUUGAUGAGUACUCACUGAGUAGAGAAAUGAGUAAAGACAGAGUAGCUGCCGCUCCUGAGUGUCGUGAAGGAGCAUGCUUUGUUCUCCCCCUGUGUAGGAGAUCCCUCUGUACUCAGAUGUGCUCUACGCCUCAUUUCCUGUAAUAGUUUACAAUACCAUUGACUUCCAAAAGACUCUUAGAAGUGAUAACUGGUAGUUUCCAAAUAGGUUUUAGACUGUAUCAAAUUCUGUUUUAAUAAAUUAUUCUCUAGUAAGUGUGUUUUAGGAUUAAACAUCUUUUACAGAUACUGAAAGUGCCUCCUUUUGUGGUGUAAAAAACAAAUUAUGGUGCAAAAAGUAAUCACUAGAUUGAAUCACAUGAAGGUUUUCUUAUUUUGCUUUUUGACAUAGUAAAAAUGUCAAGAGAAAGGCCAAAGAUUUGUACAUUCUCACAUAUAAAGCACUCCUUUUUUUCCUUAAACUUCUUUCUGUCAAAUUAAACUUAAUGAGAGAGUACUAUUUUUAAGGAGCUAUCUGUCUGCGUGGAACACUCUCGUUCAGAGGAAGGUAAACUAGUCAUGAGUAGAGGCCCGAGAGGACUGUGCAGUUUUGCUGCUUAAAUCACAAGUGACCACGCUGAUGCAAGCACAAACAGCAAAUCUUACUAGAUUGACGACCAGCUAAUCUUAAAUGCAGUGCUGUUCUACUCUUCUAAGAUCGUUUUCAUUUUCAUAAGCAUAGAGUACGUUUCUACAGACCUUGGACUCUCACUUUGAGAAUGGUACUUGCAUGUGGUGAGUUACUGUCACGGUCCUCGCAGAAAUCCUGCCUCCGUGGACCAACAUUGUGGCAAGGCAGCAACAGCCAACAUUUUGGGGAAUAGCAGCAAACCUACAAAGACCCUGGUGGUGGUUUUUUUUUUUUUUUUUUUUUUUGUGUGUGUGUGUGUGUGUGUGUAUUUGUUUGAUUAUUGUUUUGUUCCCCUCCUUUUCUCAAUCAGUAGGGAUGGAGGGGGAGUAGGAAGGAAUGACUCACUCCUUCCAGUCAUAGCUUUGAAGUGUCACAUUUAAUAUCAGUUUUUAAAACAUGAUUCUAGUUAAAUGUAGGAGAGUAAAAAGAGGAAGUAUUCACUUUUUUAAUACACUGAGUUAGAAGUUUGUCUUAUCAGUAGUUGUGAGGCAUGGAUAGCUUUCUUUCUUUCUGCCUUUAUGUUGACAGUUGGAGCAGGGUGAAUAACUAGAGUUUUUUUUUUCUUUCUAGUGAGCUGUUUCAUGUUUUCUUUGAAGUUUCUGGAUAAGUUCAAGCAAAUAUUUUGCAUGUGUUAUCUAGUCUGAUGUGUACUUAUCCAUCUCAUUACAAACAAAAACAGGCAGACUGCAUUUUGUAGCUGUGUGAUUCUUAAAUACAGAAGUAAUUUUCUUCUCUCCUGACUUGGACAUUGUAGCUAUAUAAUGUUUUCAUUUUGAUUUUCACAAAUCCUUUGGGUCUAAUUCUGUGAGCCUACCUAUAGCACUGGAUUAAAAUGUCUGCAUCGUUUCUUUAGUUAUCCAGUUAACUUUAAAACUGUUGUAAAAGUAUAAACCAGCCCAUGACAGUUUUCUGUACAUGUUAAGAACCUUCCUGUUCAGUUUUCAUGAUUCUUAUGUGAGGAACACCGAUAGAGCUGUUCUGUGCUGUCCUGGACCAUGUUAAUGACACAAUGUAUUUUGGUUCCCAUCACAAUGAUUUGUCCCCGUGACCUUCAAUCCUUCCAGGCACAGCUUUUGUUUGUUGCGGUUUCCCUUUGCAUUGUAUUGCUUUGAUGACUGUAAUUUGAAUCAGAUCUGAAAGAGGUCCAGAAUAAAAUAUAUUUUGAUAUUA